CUACUGACUGGAGUUCUGCAAACUGGAUUUAUUUCAUUCUAUUUUUGUUACAAGAUAUCUCAGCAGUGAAUCUGUGUACAACUUUAUUGGUGUGUUAUUUUGGACACUCAUCUAUUAAGUAGUUUGGAAGUUUCACAAACAUGGCAAUUUCUUUGAAGAAGAAGCACAGAGUUUAACUAGGAGCAUCUUCUGGAUUUAUUGUGGACAGUAUUUUUUUCAUUUUUUUUUUCUGUGACAAAGUAAAAUAAUUUUUGGGGGGGAGAUACCAGGUAAUUUUUCUUAUUGAACCAGACAUCACUAUGACAGAGGAAAAUAAACCUGACAGCAAAGGAGAGAGUGCAAAGGAUCUAGAGAGACAGCUUCGCCUGAGAGUGUGUGUUCUCAGUGAACUGCUGAAGACUGAGAGGGACUAUGUGGGGACUUUGGAGUUUCUUGUAUCGGCAUUUCUUCACCGAAUGAUGCAAUAUGCUGCUUCAAAAGAUGAUAAAAAUGUCACAGAGGACACAGUAAAGACAUUAUUCUCCAACAUUGAGGACAUACUUGCCGUACAUAAGGACUUUCUGACCUUGAUUGAGGAGUCCUUGCAGCCAGAACCCAACGCACACCAGGAAGUUGGAAAAUGCUUUCUAAAAUUUAAAGACCGCUUUGCAAUUUAUGAUGAGUACUGCCGAAACCAUGAAAAAGCACAGAAGUUACUGCUUGAACUUAACAAAAUCAGAACAGUGAGGACAUUUUUAUUGAAUUGCAUGUUACUAGGAGGGAGGAAGAACACAGAUGUUCCACUGGAAAGCUAUUUAGUAGCGCCAAUCCAGAGGAUCUGCAAGUACCCCCUUCUUCUACGUGAGUUACUGAAAAGGACUCCAAAGCGGCACACGGAGCAUGGAUCCAUUGUGGAAGCUCUUCAAGCAAUGAAAGCUGUGUGCUCUAACAUUAAUGAAGCCAAGCGACAGAUGGAAAAACUGGAAAUCUUGGAGGAAUGGCAGAGCCACAUAGAGGGAUGGGAGGGUUCAAGCAUAACCGAUACGUGCACUGAAAUGCUAAUGCAUGGGGUCCUUUUAAAAAUCUCAUCAGGGAAUAUCCAGGAGAGAAUAUUUUUCCUGUUUGAUAAUCUUUUGGUGUACUGCAAAAGAAAACAUCGGCGUCUGAAGAACAGCAAAGCAUCCACAGAUGGACACCGCUAUCUAUUCCGUGGACGUAUCAACACAGAGGUGAUGGAGGUUGAAAAUGUUGAUGAUGGAACUGCUGAUUUCCACAGCAGUGGGAAUACUGUCUUCAACGGCUGGAAGAUACAUAACACUGCCAAAAACAAGUGGUUUGUCUGUAUGGCAAAGACACCAGAGGACAAGCAACAGUGGCUGGAAGCUAUCUUAAAGGAGAGAGAGAGAAGGAAAAGUUUGACACUGGGUAUGGAGCAAGACACCUGGAUGAUGAUAUCGGAACAGGGAGAAAAGCUGUAUAAAAUGAUGUGCAAGCAAGGAAACCUAAUUAAGGACAGAAAAAAGAAACUGACUACAUUUCCAAAAUGUUUCUUUGGAAGUGAAUUCGUAGACUGGUUACUGGAAAUUGGAGAAAUUCAUAAGCCUGAGGAAGGAGUUAAUCUUGGUCAAGCGCUGCUUGAAAAUGGAAUCAUUCAUCAUGUUACAGAUAAGCAUCAGUUUAAAUCGGAGCAGAUGUUGUACAGGUUCCGAUACGAUGACGGUACAUACUACCCAAGGAAUGAAAUGCAGGACGUGAUAUCCAAGGGUGUGAGACUAUAUUGUCGUCUUCACAGCUUAUUUACGCCAGUAAUUAGAGACAAAGAUUACCAUCUUCGAACUUAUAAAUCAGUAGUCAUGGCAAACAAGCUGAUAGACUGGCUUAUUGCUCAGGGAGACUGUCGGACUAGAGAAGAGGCAAUAAUCUUUGGUGUAGCACUAUGUGACAAUGGAUUUAUGCAUCAUGUACUGGAAAAAAGUGAAUUUAAGGAUGAACCCCUCUUGUUUCGAUUUUUUUCUGAUGAGGAAAUGGAAGGAUCCAAUAUGAAACACAGGCUCAUGAAACAUGACCUUAAAAUUGUUGAAAAUAUCAUUGCUAAAUCUUUGGUGAUAAAACCCAGUGAAGGGAGCUAUGGCUUUGCCCUAGAGGAUAAAAAUAAGGUGCCAAUCGUUAAAUUCCUUGAACGAGGUUCAAAUGCUGAGUUGUCAGGGCUGGAAGUUGGAAAAAAAAUCUACGCAGUAAACGGUGACCUGGUUUUCCUGAGACCUUUUCAUGAAGUGGAUUGUUUUCUGAAGACUUGCUUGAACAGCAGAAAGUCCCUAAGGAUUCUCAUGAGCACAAAACCAAGAGAGACUGUCAAAAUUCCAGAUUCUCCUGAAGGACUGGGCUUUCAGAUAAGAGGGUUUGGACCAUCUGUUGUACAUGCUGUUGGGAGAGGGACGGUUGCAGCAGUUGCUGGUCUUCAUCCAGGGCAGUGCAUCAUCAAAGUGAAUGGCAUUAAUGUCAGCAAAGAGACCCAUGCCAGUGUCAUUGCCCACGUGACAGCCUGCAGAAAGUACAGGCGUCCAAUGCAGCAAGAUUCCAUACAGUGGAUAUAUGACAGCAUAGAGAGUGCCAAGGAAGACACGAUGAAGAACACUCACACGAAGCCACCAGGAGACAACGAUGGAGACGGGUUUGAUUGUAAAGUAGAAGAGGUAAUAGAUAAAUUCAGUACGAUGGCAAUUAUUGAAGGGAAGAAGGAUCACGUGAGUCUCACAAUUGAUAACGUUCACUUGGAGUACGGUGUUGUUUAUGAAUAUGACAGUACUGCGGGAAUCAAGUGUCAUGUUGUAGAGAAGAUGGUUGAACCAAAGGGCUUCUUUAACUUAAGUUCUAAGAUUCUGGAAGCCUUAGCUAAAAGUGAUGAGCAAUUUGUUCAAAACUGCAGCAACCUACAAUCCCUUCAAGAAGUCAUUCCUGUAGAUCUUCAAAGUAAAUUCAGUGUCAUUUGCAGAGAAAAAAUUGACCACAUCUACAGGCGAAUCACCAGUUACAGAAAGUUUUCAAGAGUUUUGAAAAACCGUGCUUGGCCCACCUUCAAACAAGCAAAGUCAAAGAUCUCACCUCUGCACAGCAGUGACUUCUGUCCAACAAAUUGCCACUUUAAUAUCAUGGAAGUUUCUUACCCCAAAACGUUGACUUCCCUUGGCAGCGCUUUUGGAGUCCAGCUGGACAACAGAAAGCAAAUCUCCAAUGACAAGGAAAAUAGAAAUUCAGAACAAGGUAAACUGAACCCGAUGGUAUAUGUACAGCAUACGAUAACAACUAUGGCUGCUCCAUCCGGGCAUUCUCUGGGCCAGCAAGAUGGCCAUGGCCUUCGUUAUCUGCUUAAAGAUGAAGAUCUAGAAACACAGGAUAUCUACCAAAAGUUAUUAAGCAAGCUGCAGUCUGCGCUGACUGAGAUCGAAACCUGUGUGUCACAGAUUGAUGACCUCCUGUCUUCAAUAACAUGUUCUCCCAAAUUGGAACGUAAAACAGAUACAUUGAUAGCCACGGACAGUGACAAUGAUAAGGGAGACCGGAAUGGAAAGAAAGUCUGCUUCAAUGUAGCUGGUGAUGAACAGGAGGAUUCAGGUCACGAUACCAUCAGCAACAGAGAUUCUUAUAGUGAUUGCAACAGUAACAGAAAUUCAAUUGCCUCAUUUACGAGUAUCUGCAGUAGCCAGUGUAGUUCCUAUCUGCACAGUGAUGAAAUGGACUCUGGUGAUGAGCUUCCCCUAAGUGUCCGCAUUUCACAUGAUAAACAAGACAAGCUACACAGCUGUUUAGAGCACCUCUUUAGUCAGGUGGAGUCAAUUACCAAUCUUUUGAGAGGUCCAGCAAUUUCAAGAGCCUUUGAGCAUACCAAGUAUUUCACACCAAUGAGAAGUUUACAAGAUUUUCAACAGGAAAUGGAGCCUAAAUUAAGCUGUCCAAAGCGGUUAAGGCUUCAUAUUAAGCAAGACCCUUGGAAUCUUCCCAGUAGUGUCCGCGUUCUUGCACAGAACAUUAAAAAAUUUGUAGAAGAGGUGAAAACUCGGAUACUCUUGGCAUUACUUGAAUAUUCAGACAGUGAAAUACAGCUCAGGAGAGAUAUGGUGUUUUGUCAAAGCCUGGUGGCCACCGUCUGCUCCUUCUCUGAACAACUACUGGCCGCAUUAAACCAGAUGUUUGACAGCAACCGAGAAUAUGAAAUGGAAACCCAGGAGGCCAGCAGGAGAUGGCUGGAACAGAUAGCGAGUGCCGGAGUGCUUCUCCACUUCCAGUCACUCUUAUCGCCAAAUCUGGUGGAUGAGCAAGCUAUGCUGGAAGACUCACUUGUUGCACUAUUUGACUUGGAAAAAGUCAUGUUCUACUUCAAGCAAGCAGAGCAGGGCCCACUUGUGGCAAAUGUCCCCAUAACAUAUCAAGCAGAAGGAAGUCGGCAAGCAUUGAAAAUAUAUUUCUAUGUUGAUAGUUAUCAUUUUGAACACCUUCCUCAGAGGCUGAAGAAUGGAGGUGGCUUUAAAAUUCACCCUGUCCUAUUUUCUCAAGCUCUGGAGAGCAUGGAUGGCUAUUAUUACAAGGACAAUGUUUCGAUAGAAGAAUUUCAAGCCCAGAUUAAUGCCGCUUCCCUCGAAAAAGUUAAACAAUAUAAUCAGAAACUCAGGGCUUUUUACUUGGAUAAGUCGAAUCUGCCACCCAAUACCACAAAUAAGGCUGCGUUCAUUGAUAAGCUGAUGAGGCCGCUAAAUGCUUUGGAUGAACUCUAUCGAUUACUAGAUUCGUUUAUCCAUUCUAAGCGCACAGCAGCCUGUGCCUACACAGCAUGUGGUGCUUCGGGAGUUGGACUUCUCUCUGUCGCUUCAGAGCUCUGCAAUCGCCUGGGAGCCUGCCAUGUCAUAAUGUGCAAUAGUGGAGUGCACCGCUGCACACUGGGUGUCACCCUUGAACAGGCUCUAAUUCUCGCUAGAAGUCACGGGUUGCCUCCGCGCUACAUCAUGCAAGCAACGGAUGUGAUGAGAAAACAGGGAGCAAGGGUUCAAAAUACAGCAAAGAAUCUAGGCGUAAGAGACAGAACACCAGCAUCUGCUCCAAGGUUGUACAAGCUAUGCCAACCGCCCCCUGCUGAUGGAGAAUCCUAAAAAUAUACCUAAAGGAAAAAAAGUAAAACAAAAAACAAUCCCUGCAGUAUAUAAAGAAAAACUAAUAGACUCGGCACGGCAGGUGCCAAUAUCGGCAUUAUCCAUCGAACACAACUGAAGACAAUGCUAUUUUUGCCACUGGCUAUGAAGACCUAUGAGACCAUGGCCUAUUUUUAUGGAUUCAUACACUGGAAUUUGUGUGCCUGAUUAAGCACUUAGUGUUGGGGAUAUCCAACAAGGACUUUGAAUAUUCAAAGACUAAGAAACAUGGUCAAGACUAAAAUAAUACUCACACAACCUGGAAAUAACCAUUCUAUAUAUUCUUAUAAUGUAUUUAAUAUUUUACAGUUACAUGAAUCACAGUAUUUUCAAUAUUUUGUAUUCAGUAUUGUACUUACAAUGGAGAAAGAAAAAUAUUUCUAUGUGUUUCUUUAUCAAUAAACAUAAUAUUAUUUUUUAAAAAUUCAAUCCUAUACAGAAUCGGACAGUAUUUUGUGACCAAGAGUAAUGGGAGCUGUAGCUUACAGCUGAACUCAGGAGAGAUCCUUUCUCCGACAUAAACCAUUUUCUUUAAGAGGCAUAAAAAUGCAUUGUGCACACAAAGCAUUUCAAUUUUGUUCAAGUAUAAUUUGAUAUUUCAGGAUAAUGCAAAACUGCUGACAAUUUCAGUUAUUUGCUCAAUUGGUUUAGUUUGCUGAAUGUGUAUAAAAAUAUAUUUUUUAUGUGUUAAACAUUAAUAAUAAAGUAGAUUUUUUACAUGUAUAAAGAUUAUCCAAUUAACUUGCAAUGCCAGCAUAUUUAACUAUUUGGAAUAUAAAAUGUUGGCUGCGCAGCAUAAUGUGUCACUUGUCAUGCUGGUGUUUGAAAGGUUAAAAUAAAUGUAUUUUAUUAGAAUCACAAUUCUCUUCAAACUGAUCCCUGUGCUAAACAGAGUAUCACUAUGUUUUAUAUAGGUGCACAAUAUUCUUUGUU